AUGGUGGAAGGUGCCUCUUCCUUCUUCUCGCUGAGAAGGCGACGAUUAUUGAUUUCCUCCAAGAACAACAAAGAUCGCGACGACGAUGACUUUGUCUUGUUUGCUUCUACGGUGGCACAAGACCGCAACAAGACCGAAGCAUUGGUCGACGAUCCAUCGUCUUCCGCACAACAAGGUCACUUGCCUGCAGUAUCCAAAAAAGAAAAGCUCCUGGAUAUCAGUGUCAUUGUGGUUUGGUGCGCUGUGGUCCUGUUCACGCUGUGUUACCUACGAAGCGAACAGCAACGACGAAGACGCAUCCUCCGACGACAACGACAAGAACGGUUGGAACAAUUCUCGCCAGCGAAACAAGCCACGAGAAGACUCGAGUUGACUCACAUUCUCAAAGCCACCACCAUGAUUGUGGGGACCAAGGAUUUGAUCUAUCAUCAUCAUGGCAAUACUCCACAGCAAGCAGAAGAAGAAAAAGAAGGGAAAAAAGACAGUGGUGACAACAAUGGUCAAAGAGGAGGAGAAGACUGUAUUUCGGAUGAUUUGGUGGACAAAAAGGCAGAGAGACUCUCCACCACGAAUGGGAAAUCCAUGAUAGCUUUCAAUCAUUCUGAAGAUGACGCUGACCUUGAGAAUGGGGAAAUAGAGCACUUGUUCCAGUCUCACGACCUAUCUUGCUCUUCUUGGAAAAGUAGUGAAGACAGUGGAGAUGAUGAGGUGCUCUGGACCUUGAAGCUUCCAAUGAUGACAUCAUCAUCUACGGGUGCAUGUAGUAGUAGGAGUCCAGUUGAAGGAGCAGUUCCAGCCACCUGCAUCAUUUGUUUGAAGCGAUAUAGAGUCAAUGAUCUUGUUUCUUGGUCACCUACUAACAAUCGUCAUGCAUCAUCACCAAUCAGCAGCACCAAACCAAAGAUGUCAUGCCCGCAUGCUUUUCAUCAGCAGUGCAUCGUUGCAUGGCUGGCCAAACUACCCAAUUGCAAUUGCCCAGUCUGUCGCAAUGUGUUUUGUCAACCUCCAUCCAACAAGAAGCAGAACAAGACAAGAAGCUCUUCCAACAACAUGGCCACCAUGUCGUCUUGA